AUGAACGUUUCACUUGGUACGGCACCGUGUAAAGCUUCAUGUGGGGUCAAGCAACCCACCGGUUCGUGUAAGGGGCCACUGAUGUCGCCAUUUCAGGACGUGAAGAAGCAGGAGAAUAACGACGUGAGAAAGGGUGCAGAAGCCUUAACGGGUUCUUCCUACUCUGGAGCCAGCGCACCUUUCUAUCACUUCAGCCCCCCAACAGGUUCAUUCUCGGAGAGCCUCAGGAACGAUGUUGAUAGACCACAUUCGUUCAUUGUAGAUUUCAUCGACCAAUGUGUUGCCAACGGUGUUCCCGAAUCGUUUAUUGUUGAUCAUGUGCUUUUUAUGACGAAUGCUAUGCGGGAUCAAAUUAACCUUACUGAAACGUUAGGCGUUCAGCGGCGAAGCGCAGGGCAAGGUGUGGUCAGGCAACGCCAAAAGUUGGAUGAAGCAGAUAAAGCAGCGAGAGCGGUCUCCAUUUCAAGGGUCGAGAAAGGUGUUCAGCGAAACGGUAGUUCGUCUCUUUCUCUGGUUGAACAGUCGACCGCCAGGCCAACACCUAUCAAGGAUAAGAGUCCAGCAUCGCAUAAAAACAAAAGUUGUACAGGUAAGGGUGUGAUCCGAAGAAAGCGAAUAGAGAGCACGAGACCCACAAAAACGAUAUUUACACAGACGCCACAGCCAAUGUGUGUGAAGGACUCUUUCCGCGGAUCGAAAGAAGGUGGAAGGAUGGUGUUCCACGGAUUCAUGCGACCCACGGACGCCAGUAAUAGAAAGGAAACACUGAAGUAUGUUGAUAGCUUUGAGUCAUCUGCGCAGCGACUACCAUCUCGUCAACAAUCACAACCACGUGUGGAAACGCAGCAACGUAAAGUCACAAGAAGCGUAUCUGCAAAGAGUAAACCGUCUGCCGUUGAUGUUGCUACGGAAAUGUCUCCGCGGGAAGAGUACCUAACGUGGUCCGAUGGCGAUUCUCCAGCAGCAAAUUCACAGCAGACAGAUAGAGUAUCACCGAUGACCAAAACACAAGAGAAUCGUGCCGUAUCUUCUACAGGUGUCAAAUCUCUCCCUGUGAAUAGUGAUCUAAAACCCCAAGACAAGAAGCAGCACAAGAAAGAAGAAUCACCAGCUCAUACUGCCGAAUUGAUACUGAGAGAAGGAGGAGGGGUUGCUACUGCAGCACUUGUGAAGCGGGGUCGAAAUCUAUUUCGUAUUGUUUCUUCUCCUCCCAUUUCCAUCGAAGUUCCUUUAUUUUUUCCAAGCCAACAGCUGCAGAUGUAUAUUGAGCGAUGUGAGAGGAAAAUGCGUGAAGCUAUGCGGUUCUUAGACUCCACAAACAACGGUAGCUUCAAUGUGAUGCGAUAG